GCGUUAGCUCUCUGCUCGGCGGCCGCGGCUGGUUCUUCGGAUUGGCGCCCUGCCCUCCGCGCAAGACUCGGCGGUGGUGGCGAGCGGCGCUUCGUCCUCCCAGCCCGGUGUUCCUCGAGGUCGCCUCGUCCAGCCGACGACGGAGCUCGGGUUGAUGUUCCACUGGGAGAGCCCGUUCAUCGAGACCGGGAGGUUCUCUUCCCUGGCGCACCUGGGCUCCUUGCAGCCGGAGGGAGACAGCCACCCCCACCAGCACAUGGAUGGCAACGGAAGCCUCAACGGGAGCGAUGGGGGCCAGAAGGGGAGCCUGCCUUACCCCUUACACACCACCUUGGCCCUCAUCUCCUUGGCCACACUGCUCAUGCUCUUCAUCAUCUUUGGCAACGUCCUGGUCAUCAUCGCCAUCUUCACAAGCCGGGCGCUCAAGGCCCCGCAGAACCUUUUCCUGGUUUCCUUGGCCUCAGCUGACAUCCUGGUAGCCACGCUGGUCAUCCCCUUCUCCCUAGCCAACGAAGUGAUGGGCCAGUGGUAUUUCGGCAAAGUGUGGUGUGAGAUAUACCUGGCCUUGGAUGUCCUCUUUUGCACCUCUUCUAUUGUACACCUCUGUGCCAUCAGCCUAGACCGCUACUGGUCCAUCACCCAGGCCAUUGAAUACAACCUCAAGCGCACGCCACGCCGCAUCAAGAGCAUCAUCUUCCUUGUCUGGGUCAUCUCAGCUGUCAUCUCUUUCCCGCCACUUAUAUCCAUAAUGAAGCAUGGUGAACCGGAGAGUUCACUCCGUGAGCAAAGCAACCUUAAAUCAGAGAAGAAGUCCCCCAGCUGCAGUAUCAACAAGGAGACAUGGUACAUCAUCUCAUCCUGCAUCGGCUCCUUCUUUGCACCCUGCCUUAUCAUGAUCCUAGUCUAUGUCCGCAUCUACCAGAUUGCCAAGAGGAGAACCCGUGUGCCUCCCAGCAAGAGAGGGGAGGCCACAGAGAAGAAGCAGAAUGGGCUAGCAGACAAGGAGGGCAUGCCUGCCAUAACCAAACUGAAUGGGGAGAAGGUAGCAGGGACAGGAGGAAACGAGGAAAGGGAGGAAAUCAAUGGCAUAGAUUUGGAGGACACUUCUUCUUCAGAACACAACGAGGACCACCAGUCUAGGAAGCAGGAGAAGCCAAAGAAGGGCAAAGGUAAAACCAAGAUAAGCCAGAUUAAGCCUGGGGACAAUUUGCCAAAUAAAGUGGAGGAGGACCCAAACAGCAAAGCGUCCCGAUGGAGAGGCAGGCAGAAUCGAGAGAAACGCUUCACUUUUGUCCUUGCAGUUGUGAUUGGAGUUUUUGUGAUCUGCUGGUUCCCUUUCUUCUUUACCUACACAUUGACUGCGGUCUGUCACAGCUGCUUUGUGCCUGACACCCUCUUCAAGUUCUUCUUCUGGUUUGGUUAUUGUAACAGUUCCCUCAACCCUGUCAUCUACACUAUCUUCAACCAUGACUUCAGGAGGUCUUUUAAAAAGAUUCUCUGCAGAAUGGACCGGAAGAGGAUUGUGUGAAGGAAAGGACACACAUUUGUUUGUAAUACCAGUUGUCUUUUGAGAGACUGGGCUGUGGGUGAAGUUUUGGACGUGACUGGCACCUUGCCUGGUUAAGAGACCAUGGACUCUUCAAAGACAUCAGGUGAGACAAAUGAUUAAAAAAAUAUUUAAUGCACAAUCUCAUUCCGAGUGGAUCUGUGUUUGCCCAGAGAUGGACUGAAAACUGUUUGUAGGCAUUGGCUCUGUACACUUAUAAGCUUGAUUCCUUACACACUGAAAUAAACCAAUGGGGGAGGGAAAGUAAGUCAUAUUUAAGAAGCACUUUCUUCCUGUUCUUCUUCAAUGUUCUUGAUGUCCUCAUAAAAACAACAGUAUUGCAGCUUUGAGACCUGUACAUCUUUAACUUUUGUAGGAAAAAGUGGUUUUGAAACGGCUUCACUUAUUUCUUAAAAACACGAAGUAUAUACAACAACAGAACUGAACAACACACCCAAAUGGACUACAGGAGCCAUCUCAUCAAUCUUAAAAUGUAAUAGUAUUAAAAUAACAAGAUUUCUAAUGUGAUUUUGGAUUUGGGGCUAUAACAAAUGAUAACAUAAGCUUGAAAUGGCCAGUGUUUUACUGUGUUCCCAAUAUGUAACCUUUGUUUUUUAAUUUCAUGUUUGUGUUGUCUUUUUAUGCAGUGUUGUUCAAAAGCUACACGUCCUAUUUUACCAUCAGCUGAAAGAAACAAAUAUUGAAAAAUUCACAGUGUGUCAAAUAGAUUCUGUCUAAAUGAUGAGCUCUUUUUCUCUUACCAUGCAAAGCUCAUGAGCAAUCAGAUUCUCAAAGGGUUAUGCUGAAGUACUCUAGCCUUUAUCCUUCCACUGAUAUAUGUUCAGUGCUAACUUAUUUCCUCUACCUGUGGCUGUAAAUAGAUCAUGCAGCAGAUAAAACCUUUUGUUUUCCUUUGCAGUAUGAACUGAUUUACACUGAUUUUUAACAUUUUCAUUUUUGCUACUUAUUCUGUAUAAGAAAACUACUUUUACGCAAGAGAAUGCUUAGUCCCUCUCUCUCUCUUUUUUUAAAAAAAGAAUAAUCGUAUCCACAGAAAUGUCAAGUUUCAAGUUCAGAUUUGUUGUAUAUUAAUUUCUUUUUUAUUUGUGCUAGAGUGAAUAUUAUUGAUGGCUAUAAAGGAGAAAUGGGCCUAAUGCUGUAAUUCUAUUUUUUGUGGUGUGUAAAAAAGACCUAGCAGCACAGGAAAGAAAGAGUUAAUUGUUUUGUUGACAGAUCUUUCUGACUUCUUAAAAAUUCAGAAGUGUUUAUUGCAAAUGACUUCCUUGUCUCAUAAGGCAAACAUCCUUAAGAUUAAAGGGUGGGAAGGAAUCUGAUACAUCUCUUGAAACAGUCUUCCCAAACUAGCGGCUUACUGAAUGUGUGGACUAUAAAUCCCAUCAUUUCAGCCAACAUGGGCAGUGGUGGCUGUGAGAUGAUGGGGACUGUAAUCCAACACAUGCAGAGGGCCCCAUGAUGAAGACUGCUUUAAACAUUAUGAUAUUUUUCUAAAAAUAUAAUUUGAAUCAUAAAAUCCUCAUCACAGUAUGGAGUUGUCGCUGAUGGUAAAAAAAAUUGAACCACAUUCACAACUAAAAUGCUGUCUGAUUUCCCUUAGUUUUAGGGAAGUUUUUAGGUGGACUAUCAGCCCUGUUUCUAAAAAUGUCUCUAUUCUUUCUCUGGGACAUGAUGGACAUCCCUACAACUUCAUUUAAUGCCAUAAAAACAGAUCUUUAACCUCAGGAGUGCCUCCCAGAUUUGAAAUAUUAAUCUGACCUCUUCAGCCCAACAAAACAGAGUUGUCAAAUGUAGCAUUAAGAGAAGAGGAAUGGGGAGGUUAUUAGUGUUCAGGUGUUGCUGCAUUCCCCUUUAAAAUAGUUUUAUGGUUGAAGAACCUGCUACAAAUGUUUACAUACAGUAGUUUCAGAAUUUACAGAGUUGGGUUGUUCUCCUUGCUUUUUUAAAAAAUUGCAAACGGUUACAUAUGGGCUGAAGUCCAGUUUCUUAGUGCAGUAAAUCACCACUCGAGUAGGGAAAUUGAAUCAGUGAGGAUUUGGUACGUCAAUUCCUCCAUAGGUUCCAUUGAUUCAAUGGGCCUGCUCUAGUAGUGACAACAAGCAACAGGAUUUCAGUCACUGAGUUGUAAUCUGUGUUUAAGUGUGCAGGGGAACAUUGGUGCUGAAGAAAUUAUGCAUAGCCCAGAGCACAGAAAUUUUACGUUUUUUUCAACUACUAUAUUUUCCAUAACAAGCAUGGCCAUGGAGGAUAUGACAAAGUGGUUUUUCCUUUGCAUCUAAAUGAAAAUCUACAGCCCAAACCUGUUUUCCCCACUCAUUGACACUAAAACGUGAUAUAUCCGAUUCUGAAACACUCAG